UCAUUUCUGUGUUGUAUAGGCAAGCUGGAACGGAGACGUUAAACAAGAUUUAUGAAAAACUUACUCAAAUGCAAAAUGAUUUUAAAACUGCGGUGAAUAAUACCGAGGUCGGUAGUCGCUUUCAAAUGGCAGAAUCCUUGUUUUUUUAUUUAUUGGAUAAAAUUCUACGAGUAGAAACAAGAACAAAGCCUAAUAUAGAUCUCAAAAUUUUAUUGACUACUGAUACUUUUAUAACGACGCUCAUCGCCUGCUGUGUGGAAAUUGUUAUUAACGCAUAUCAAUCUCAAAUGAAAUUCCCCUGGAUUUUAAAAUGCUUCAGCAUAACAGCCUUCCAUUUUCACAAAAUUAUUGAAAUAGUUGUAAGGAGCCACGAUGGUGUAUUGUCGCGACCACUGAUUAAGCAUUUAAAUUACAUUGAAGAGUCUUGCCUGGAAUCUUUAACCUGGCAAAAGGAAUCACCUUUAUGGGACAUUAUUAAAACAUUUGCUUUACCGACGUGGUCUGAAGUGGACGUUGACAAUUUAGCAAAACGGCAUCAUCCUCAGAUGCAGUCUCCAAGCUGUUCGGCUUAUGAAACGUUCAGCUCUACAGUUGUCAACGAGUCGACAAGGAGAGACCUCUUCAAUUGUACGAAAGAAAUCAGUAAUGAAAAGGAGUCCGGCUUCAGCUUUAAGAAGCAACUGGAUAACAAUAGGCGAACAGCUUCUUUAAUUAUAUUUUGCAGAAAAUUCUAUAAGCUGGCAUGGAUUAGGCUAAAAGAGUUAUGUCGUGAACUGAAGUUGACAGAAGAACCCCAUCUUAACAAGUUGUGGACGCUAUUUGAACAUUCGAUUACUCAAAGGACAGAAUUGAUGCAAGACCGUCACCUCGACCAGAUGCUUAUGUGCGGAAUCUAUUUAUAUAUAAGGGUCCAGGAAAUAAAAUCUAAGUCGUUUAUGGAUAUAAUGAAGUUUUACAGGAAGCAACCUCAAGCUCAAAGUAGCACAUAUAGAGAAGUCCUUAUAGAACCGGCUGACGAUGGAACUGGACCACCUCGGUAUCGCGACAUAAUAUAUUUUUAUAAUAACCUAUACGUUAAGAAGAUGACUCCAUAUGCCCUUAUCUUCAGUGGAAAGAAACAAUCGAUAAUGGAAUUUCCAGAAAAAAGAACUAAUGAUUUCAAGAAGCUGUAUUCCAAAGAUGCUCUAAGAACCAGUACGUCCGGGAGGAAAAUAAAAACUCCAAAAACCUAUUUUACCACAUCAGACGAGGAAACUCUUAUAACGAAAAAAGGAAAAAGUAAAGAAAUAGAGCAUUUAUUGGCCACUAUGAAAAAAGUUGGUAAACAAAACAUCAAGGAUCAAAGGAGUUUGUCUGCAACGGAGAUUUCUAUUGUACAAAAAGUGGAAAAACCGAUUUUAAAACUAUCAACAAACAUCAAUUGUCAGAAAAAAAAAGAUGUUCGUUUGAUUUAUUAAACUUGUGUUCAUUAACUGAUACAGCAUUAUUUUUCUGAUAAUGAGCAGACUUUGUCCAGAAAAGACAUCGAAGAAGAGCUUGCUUCAACUAAAGAUAGCUGGGCUCUUGAGUUGUCGGAGGGAGAUAUGGCAGAUUGGGACUCUGAGGAAUAAAAUUUUUUCAAAUAAAGUGUAUAACACAGUUCCUGUUGUCCUUAUUGGACAGGAACGUUUGUGACGUGGGCAGUGGAUAUUAAAGACGACCUUUGAUGGUUUAAC